AGGUUGCAAGAAAUGUCACCUCUUUGCGGCACACACAUGCAGAGUUACUGUUUGUGUUACUGCUGCUUUGAGUAAGGCAGCAUGCUUUGGAAAUCUGGAAGGGCUUGUGGAGCUGGUUUGGGGGUAUUGCUGAUUUUCUUAGUUCAAGCAGAGCAUGUGUGCUGUUCAUGGGCUACACGAACAUAUAGCCCCCAGAUGCACAACGGUAACGGAUAUGUUGGCUUUUCACAGCAAGAUGGUAGACUAAGAAGACUAGAUGGCAGCUAUUCCCAGGACCAAAUCAGACAGGCCUUCAUUUCUCCACGAGUAGCUCACAGCAGUAGCCUCAGCACAGGAACUACAGUUAACAGAGGCUAUAGUGAAAGGCUUUCUGCUAGCAGCUAUAAACAGACUGUUUCAGAACCAGCCCAAAGCUUGGUAAGGUUAGUGCAGAGCAGCUCGGUGACAAAACCUAACUGGUACACAAAUGUGAAGGGCGUUAAUGCUCAGGCGGUGCCAAACCGCUCCUCUUUCAGCCUUUCUUUUGCAAGUGGGAACUCGCUGAAUGGACUUGGUCAAAACCAGAACAGCCUUCCUGAUCGCAACAAGGAAAUGACUUGGCCAUUUCAGCGUGCUGCACCCCAAACUAGUAAGGCUGGCUCCAGCAGUGCCGCAUCUCUUCAAACUCUUACAGGAAGCUCCUUGUUUAAACCAGCCUCUCAGCAUUCUGUAGCACAGAAACCUGCCAGUGCAGCUGUACGGGGGCAAACAUCAGCAAGCGCUCCUGCAAAACGGGUCACUCAACAUAAAUCUGAACCUUUAAGUAUUGCUAGAGACUUCGCCGUCCAUGGCUUUAGGAAAUCAUACGGAAACACAUGGCUUCCUGCAAAUACUGGGAACACCCGAGUAGGCUACAUGCCGUCUUCCACUUCGAACAUGAUGGUGAGCUACAAACCCAGCUACACCUUCGCAGAGCGGAGGCCCACCAGUAGCAACCCUCUUCAAGCACCAUGGGGAAUCGGGAAUCCAGCCCAGGAAGUUCAUAGUCUGCCUGCCUAUGGAAGUAACACCAGGAUCUAUGAGGUCCCUGAACACUUUGGAGGCUAUGCUAUCAGACGGCUUGGUGACAAAGAGGUCGAGCAGGUGCCACAAACUACCACACCUCGCCCACAGCAGAUGGAAUAUCUCAACCCAAGAAAAUCUGAGCAUCCGCGUGCCAAAUGGAUGACAAUCAAGCUACGUCCAAGAUACUAGAAGGUGCAGCAAGAAGACAUAGCUGAAUGUUUUCUUAAAUAAAUUAUUAAAUUGAAA